AUGCAGAAAUUUUGGGCCUCUCGGACUCCAGUCAAGGCCCUACACGAAUUCACCCAUUGCACCUCCCGAAGAGCCGUUCGGACUCGCCGUGACCGCUUGAUCCACUACAACAACGACAAUCCACAGACGAGGACAGCAAUAACAAGAUCCAUCCCUCAUCCCUUCCGCGGACAGUCUCGAUUCUAUUCUUCGGUGCAACAUCGUCUGGAAGACCCGAACACGGCAACCAUGGGCGCAAAGGAUGGCAAAGCGGGCAAGGUGAGCUUUCAGCUCAAAACGCCCAAAGGAACCAGGGACUGGAUGGGCGUCGACAUGAACCUGCGGGACUCUAUCUUCUCGGCUGUCACGGAUGUCUUCAAGCGUCAUGGCGGGACGGCCCUGGAUACUCCCGUCUUUGAACUGAAGGAGAUUCUCGCGGGAAAAUACGGCGAGGACUCGAAACUUAUCUACGAUCUGGCGGACCAAGGUGGAGAGAUCACAGCGUUGAGAUAUGAUUUGACGGUGCCGUUUGCGCGGUGGUUGGCAAUGAAUUCGUCGAUUCAGAAUAUUAAGCGUUAUCAUAUUGCGAAGGUCUAUCGACGUGAUCAACCGGCGGUGGCCAAAGGACGAAUGCGCGAGUUCUAUCAGUGUGAUUUCGACAUUGCAGGCUCCUACGACCCAAUGAUUCCCGACGCCGAGAUUGUGCGUAUUAUCGUGGAUGUGUUCGAGGCUCUUGGACUUCGUGAGGAAAUCACAAUCAAAAUUAAUCAUAGAAAAAUUCUGGACGGCUUGUUCACGGUAGCGGGUGUGCCUGAGGAUAAAAUCCGCACGAUCAGUUCGGCCGUUGACAAGUUGGAUAAAUCACCCUGGGCUGAAGUUAAGAAGGAGAUGGAAGACAAGGGUCUCUCAUCCGAAGUUGCUGAUAAGAUUGGCGAAUACGUGAAACUCAGCGGCGGUCGUGACCUGUUGGGCAAGCUCAAGGCGGAUUCCCAAAUUUGUGCGAAUGAGGACGUCAAGAAGGGCCUCGACGAUAUGGAUCUCCUCUUCCAAUACCUAGAUGUCUUCAAGGUGGUCGAUAAACUUUCCUUCGACCUUUCACUCGCCCGAGGCCUUGACUACUACACCGGUCUGAUCUUCGAGGUGGUCACUCCUCUUUCCUCCGCAGAUGGGUUCAAUGCGUCUCGGACGAAAUCGUCUUCAAAGCCCAAGAAGGGCGGUGAUGACGACGACAGAUCCAACGAUAACACCAUUGGAGUGGGAAGCGUUGCCGCAGGUGGACGCUAUGACAACCUGGUCAACAUGUUUAGCCCCAAGCGUCAGAUCCCAUGUGUGGGUAUUUCAUUCGGCAUCGACCGUAUCUUUACAAUCAUGAAACAACGACUCGAGAAAGAGCAGCAGGAAGGCAAUGCUACUAUCCGGCAGAGCGAAGUGGAAGUCUUUAUCAUGGCGUUUGGUGGGAAAACAUUCAAUGGUCUCCUGCACGAGCGCAUGGCGGUUGCCGAUCAGCUCUGGAAAGCGGGCAUCAAAGCCGAAUUCACCGCUACUGUUAAGCCUCGACUUGAGAAACAGUUUAAGAUGGCUGAAAAUGGCGGCGUUCCACUCGCUGUCAUCCUCGGUGAGGAUGAGGUAGCAGCGAACAAGGUGAAGUUGAAGGUCCUUGGGUUACCCGAAGGACAUGCGGAGAAGGACGGGCGGUUGAUCAGCCAGGAUGAUCUCGUUACAGAAGUUAAUAAGUUGCUUAAGCGUGCUUAG